ACCAUGGCUCGUACAAAGCAGACUGCCCGCAAAUCUACCGGUGGUAUAGCACCCUGGAAGCAAUUGGCUACAAAAGCCACUUGUAAGAGUGCGCCCUCUACUGGAGGGGUGAAGAAACCUCAUCGUUACAGACCUGGUACUGUGGCACUCCGUGAAAUCAGACAUUAUCAGAAGUCCACUGAACUUCUGAUUCGCAAACUUCCUUUCCAGCGUCUGGUGCGAGAAAUUGCUCAGGACUUUAAAACAGAUCUGCGCUUCCAGAGCGCAGCUAUCGGUACUUUGCAGGAGGCAAGUGAGGCCUAUCUAGUUGGCCUUUUUGAAGACACCAACCUGUGUGCUAUCCAUGCCACACGUGUAACAAUUAUGCCAAAAGACAUCCAGCUAGCAAGAACGUGUUUCAGAAUACACUAUGAUGUGAAACAUUUCAUUCUCAAAAAAAAAUUAUCUUCUUCCUGUUAUUGGUAG